UGUGCUCAUGUUGUCUCUCCGCAGGAAUGACGAACCUCGCUCCACACUGGUCGACAGGCACGCGCCGAAAGGAAGACUGAAAAUAUCCAUUUGGUGGAAAUAAAGCGGAUCCGAUCAUCACUUCCGAACAAACACCGGAGGACGUCGUCAACCUGGACAUUGUGGAGACCAAAGAAGAUUUUUAAAAGGACACCGGUCCUCUUCCACUUCAAAACCGACGUCUCCUGUAUGAGUAUAGCUACACAUCCAGUGGCAAAGCAUUUUCUAUAUGUGAUGUCUGUCGUUUUUGUCUACAAACUGCGUUUGAUAAUGGGCAUUUGGAUAUGCUUUGUAGAAAACGACUGAUUUUACAUCGAAAAAACGCUUAAAAUGUGACCGUUGCAAGUGAGCAUCGAUCCCUCCACGGAUUUGACGAGACGAGGUGUCUACUGGGAAUAAUAAGGGGAGUGCAUGUAUCUCGUAUUGGAGAGCGGAGGGAGCUGUCCGUUCAGAACCACACACACAUCUGCCACCAGCGGUGCACCACAAGCCAUCAGCCUCGCACCUUCUCUGGACCCCACAGUGCGGAGCGUCAAUUUAUGACAACCUCUGCAUUCAUUUAACGUCUGUACCUUCUCAUUUUCUCUUGGCAUCUGGAGGAAAUCCCACAUUCACCUUACAAGAACAUCAAACGCUCAUCCAGCGGUUUCCUGCAGCUGAGCUGCCUUUGCGCACUUGUUUUUCUGCGUUUAUUCUGUUCACUUUCUUUUUUCCGUUGCCUAACAAUUGCGCACAUGUAUCCUCCGGGUCUUUCAGCGUUGUAAUGCCUGGCCCGGGCUCGAGACAUGCCUAAGCGACGAGAUGGGCCAGGGCGACGAGAAAGACCGUGUUGUGAUCAACGUGGGAGGUAUUCGACACCAGACCUACCGCAGUACCCUGCGCACUCUCCCCGGGACUCGUUUAGCCUGGCUCGCCGAGCCUGAUGCCCACAGUCACUUUGACUAUGACGCCCAGAUCGACGAGUUUUUCUUUGAUCGCCACCCCGGAGUUUUUGCACACAUUCUCAAUUAUUAUAGGACUGGCAAGUUGCAUUGCCCCGCUGAUGUUUGUGGCCCUCUUUAUGAAGAAGAGCUGGCCUUCUGGGGCAUCGACGAGACAGAUGUGGAGCCCUGCUGCUGGAUGACGUACCGGCAGCACCGGGAGGCUGAAGAGGCACUGGACAGUUUCGGCGGGGGGCCAGUUGAAAUGGGCAACGAUGAUAUGGACACAGAAGUUUUGGGUGAUCCAGGGGAUGGAGACGAGGAACUCGAAAUGACUAAACGCCUGGCCCUCGGCGACUCACCUGACGCAAAAAGUGCAGGGUUGUGUCAACGUUGGCAGCGUCGUGUUUGGGCACUUUUUGAAGAUCCAUAUUCCUCUAAAUAUGCAAGGUGGGUGGCAUUUGCCUCGCUGUUCUUCAUACUGGUUUCCAUAACCACUUUCUGCCUGGAGACACACGAGGCCUUCAACCCCAUCAUUAACCGAACAUAUAUUAACCCUGAAGACAACAGCUCCAGGUUUCACUUGGAGACAGAGACGGUGGUCUACCUAACCUACAUCGAGGGAGUGUGUGUAGUGUGGUUCACCUUUGAGUUCCUCAUGCGUGUCACCUUCUGUCCAGACAAAAAGAAAUUCAUCAAAAACACGCUAAACAUCAUCGACUUUGUGGCCAUCCUGCCAUUUUACCUGGAGGUGGGCCUGAGCGGAUUGUCCUCUUCCGAAGCAAAGGACGUUCUGGGUUUCCUCCGAGUAGUGCGGUUCGUUCGGAUCCUCCGAAUCUUCAAGCUGACGCGACACUUUGUGGGCCUGCGAGUGCUGGGACACACCCUCCGCGCCAGCACCAAUGAGUUCCUCCUGCUCAUCAUCUUUCUGGCGCUCGGAGUUCUCAUCUUUGCCACCAUGAUCUACUACGCCGAGCGAAUCGGUGCCAAUCCCAAUGACCCACGUGCCAGCGAGCACACCCAUUUCAAAAACAUCCCCAUUGGCUUCUGGUGGGCUGUUGUGACUAUGACCACAUUGGGCUACGGAGACAUGUAUCCUCAGACCUGGUCAGGCAUGUUGGUGGGCGCAUUGUGUGCUCUGGCGGGUGUGUUAACCAUCGCCAUGCCUGUGCCUGUCAUCGUCAAUAACUUUGGGAUGUACUACUCUCUAGCCAUGGCUAAGCAGAAGCUACCAAAGAAAAAGAACAAGCAUAUUCCCCGUGCCCCCCAGCUGGGCUCACCGAAUUACUGUAAGUCUGCCAUGAACUCACCUCACCACAGCCCACAAAGUGACCAUUGCGCUCUUCCUGCCCAAGAGGAGAUUUUAGAAAUGAACAGAGCAGAUCCCAAAGUGAACGGUGAGGCAGCUAAAGCAGCGCUAGCCAAUGAGGAUUGUCCCCACAUAGACCAAGCCAUUUCCCCUGAGGACGGCCAUAUCUUUAACCCAAGCCAGCCGCGGGGAGACACUCCGUGUUUUCUGCUAAACGUCGGAGGACGAUCCACAAACACGGGCACCCGAGUGAGGAAGGCCGGAAUGUUCUCAGGGAGGUCAGGGGCGGAGCCAGCCGGCCCGACGCAUGGCACACAGGGUUACCCACUGCUGCAGCUAGGCUGGGCGCACAGCCCAGAAGAUGGCCAUGCCAGGGUCACCACCUGAGAUCCAUCCAUGUUUCACUGUCAUACGUUCAAACCGCCCACAGCAGCCUUAGAUAAAUAAAAAGCCCCUAGACGCUAUGUAGCUUAACAGGCUGUCAAUUAACGUCAGCAAAUGUAGUGAUAUAAAAACCAUCACACGUUCAUGAUAUCUCACACCUGGUCUAGUUUGACCCUUGACCCCUGCUGUAUGAAUAGACUUCGGAUCAUACCUAGAGUUUCCUUUCCAUAAUAAUUACACCACUGGCAGUGACAACAUAAACUGGCCAUUUCUGAUCACAUUCAAAAGAAUAUCUUGCUAACAUCUACCUAUUUGUCAUGUGAUCAUUUUUUAACCAAUAGUGCUGUCUGUCUGUGUCUUAUGACAUGUUGCUCUGUGUGAGCAUGCUCUGUUUGACUCCAGAUCUCACUCACAGUCAAAAGUAACACAGUAUGGUCAACAUCAUCAUUAAGUAGAACUACACACACUGUUCCCAACAAAUAUGUUUUUUGUCUUUGUGUUUUACUGUUUGUGCAAAUGUAUGAGUGUUUUGAGAGAUGUUUGUGUGUGUGUGCAUACAGUGCUUGAGAGUGCACUGUUCUCUUUUCCUGUAGCAUUAUGUUGUGCAUGUGUUGGGGCAGUCCUGCAGCCUUGUUGCACAAUCUGUCCUGAUGCCUGUAUGGUAUUGGAUGAGAAAGUAAAGACUUGGUUUUGCACACAGGCAGAUAAUAUAAUGAGUUGGUGUAGAUACGCCACUGACAUAUGUGACAUGCUCUUUCAUUUUGAGUCGAAAGUCCAAAUAAGCCAUUAGAGGAGAAUUGUGAUAAUCAAUUUAGUUUAGAGUCUCUACUUUCAAGUGUCCGUUUUUUUAUCGAAUUCAAACAAUCUGCACUUGCCUCAGUUCUGACAACAAUGCAGAAAUGCACACGAGUUGAUCAUUUCUUCUUUUUUAAUAUUUGCAUGAAAAACUGAGCGAAAAUUACUCUACAUCAGAGGGUAUUUUGAUACAGUACUAAGUAACUACAGUAACUUAUUAGUAUCAUCCCUCAAGUAAUUCACCAAGUCAUUUUAAACCUUGGAAAGAUGUCAAUAAAAUGGUUCGUUUCACCUAAUGAUAGUAGAAAAAAACUGUUUUAAAUCAAUUAAAUUGUCGAUAACUUGUAAAUAUGUAUUGUUAAAUAUAUGCAUUCUAAUAUAAUUGGAUUUUAUUUUUUCUUAAACUGUUUUCAUGACAUCCUAAGAAUUAUUUGUUUGAAUUGAUUUGCUUAAAAAAUAUUUAUUUAUAUGUUUUUAUGACAGUAACUAUUUAAUUGUUUGGAAACAUAAUUGUAUCAUUUGAAAGCAGAGACUUUCCUUUUUCACUGUGUGUACACUUAAAAUGUGUUUCUUGUCAAAAUGACUCAAAAUGAUGGUGCAAGUCAUAUAGAGAAAAAGUGCCUAAAACUGAGGAUUGGACUGGAUUCUCGAUUGCCUUAAUUUCAAUUGACCAGUCAACAAAUCUGUGAACAUCUAAAUUCUAUUUGUAAGCUUUGCCUUGCAAUCCACAGCCUUCUUGCUCACUCGAAUGCCAGAUGAACCAACCGAUCUUUGUGCAUGCCAUCCCAGAGAUUGCAUGCGAUAUUAAACCCUUUAAACCUGACCCAUAGCAGCGAACAUGGUGUGGAGAAAACUGACACAGGUCAAGACGAAGCCUUUGUGUCUCAGCAACUGCCAUGUGCACAUUUCUCUAAACCAAGGUUAUCAAAAGUCCCGGAGCCUGGGCACCAUAACCAGCAAGGCCCGAACGCUGGCCGAGGUGGUGUCGAUGUCCACCGGGUCCUGCGGCCCACCUGUUCUCCUGCGGCGGUCCCACUCUCCAAUCCCUUCCAUUCUCUAAGAAAUGGAGCAGUUGUGUAGUUAGAGCUGUCUCCCUGGGUCUUCCUCCUGCUCUGCUGCCUUCUGUUCUCUGCGCUGCUUGAUUUGGUCUGGUCUGGUCUGGUCUGGUCUGUCUUGUUCUCCGGUCCUUGUUUUCUGGCUCUGUUUUUGUCUCCUCCCCUCCUCCUUUUCCUCUUCUGUCCUUUUUGCUUGUUUCUUGUCUUUAUGUACCAACUCUCAACUCAUACAAAGCCAUCAGAGAGAAAGAAAACCUCCAACUGAUCUCAGGGAAAAUGUUAAGGAUUCCCUAGUUAUGAGUGUUUAUCAGAUACAAUAAAAGAACUGGAGGCGAGAAAGGUAAACCUUUCUUUCAGAGCACGUUGUUGCUCUGGGAACCACUUCAGAACUGGAAAGACUUGUGUCCUCCCUUCAAAGGAUAGAAAUAAUGAUAUUUUUUACAAUUAAUAUUUACUUAUAAAUCCUGUAUAUUCUCACAUAAAACCUGUUCAGACACAUGGAAGAUGAUACAAUAACCUUUUGUCGGUUCCUUUUUCGUUUAAUUUGGCUGUUUAAUUUUUACUGCACUUCCCCUUUGUUCCGGCGGAGUCUUCCUCUGUUCUUUCUUCAUCACCUCAUUAAACGGACCCCAGGUAGGAGGUAUCAGGACUCCCUCUUUCUUGCUGUCUACAGAACUUCUUUCAUUCUCCCUGUGCAUUUCUGUCCAUCUCUCUUUCUCCGUCCUUUUUAGCCCUCGAUUGCGAAAGCAACCCAAAUGAACAUUUUUACAAUGCAGACAAAGAGGAAGUCUUAUUUUCUCAGCCUAUUUCCUCCUCAUUCUGUGAGCUGAAUGAAAACAAGGCCCAGUGGCAGGAUGACCCUGAGCAAUCCCACCCUCCCCUGUAUUUUCUACUGCAGAUCCCUGCAAAGAGGACACUGCCCUAGUUAAGUAUAUGCAGUCAGAGGUGCUCACAGUGACCUGAGAAGGCAGCAGCAUCUCAAAACCUCGGUUUCCCUUCUCCAGCCUUGCUGGACGUCACAAUGGCCAGAGGGAUUACACGCUGAAGUCCAAAGGAGGGACGUAUAUCUAGAGAGAAAAAGAGCACAGUAGAGGAUGUUGCUAGUCGACGGAGUGGCAAGCAUGUUGAUCCGGAUUCCAACUGUGUGAGGAAUCUCAUGGACCAGGACUUUUUUAAGGAAGACCUUAAGGACCAUCGACUGAAGAGUGCAAUGUGAUUGGCUUUAAAGUCAGCAAAAUGAGUUUUAUAAACAUAAUACUAAUGAUAGUACCUGCAGUUACAGAUGUAGUGGACUCUUCAUUCAUUUUAGCAUGAGCUGCAUGGUGUCACAUUAAAAAAAGAGGAAAUAUUCUAUAACUGUUAUGAAUAUGUCUGUACAAAACAAAUAUUUUCUUUCAAGAGUUCUUGACUAUUGCAGAAAUGACAUGUAGCCAUGGGCAAUGAGAUGCUCAGAGACCAUGUUCUUUACUUUAGCAGCUGAUAUCUUCGUUCUGUCUUUGUUGUUAACCACAUGACUCAGCUCUGGUCACAUUGACCUCAAAGUCUGAAUGAGAUGCUAGUGGUUACCUGUGGCGAGUUGGGCGGAGCCGAGAGGCGUGGGAACGAGGGGUGGGGCGCAGGUGCAGCUCAUCUCCAAUCACUACACCUGGCCUCACUCCUCGUUCCCACACCUCUCGGCCCCGCCCCACUCGCCACAUUACCGCUGUGACGUAGAUCGUGAAUUCCACUCUUCAACUUUGUUUCUGUCUGGCAUGCUUGUGUUUCUGGAUCUAAUAGAGAGAAGAAAAAAACUGAGCAAAAUGAGUUGUUUUUCUGUUUUAUGUCUUACGUGUUGGUGAAUAGAUCCUGUGGAAACUGUUGUGAACAACUGUUUAUUUCACAUAUCAUGUGCAGACUUUUAACAGUGUUAUUUUUGGAGAAAAAACAAACAAACAAGAAAAACAGCAUCCUGUCGAGAUGUUUUACAUCUUCUCUCAUUACUUGUAGGUACUAAGACACAAAGAAAAGCAAAAAAGACAGAUGUAUAUUUACACUAUAAGAGAAUUGUAUGCAAUUUAGCUAACUUGGGGGGGGG